AAACACCUGCUACAUGAACUCCUGCCUGCAGAGCCUGCUCAACACUGACGAGUUCAUUAGAGACAUCAGCCGUCAGGAGACUUUGUGGAGAGCAGUCCCAGAAGCUCAGCUCUUAAGAAGGCUCACUGACAUCAGGGACUGUCAUAAUUCAAGAGAUUAUGGCCUUAAAAAACAUCGCCUAAAAUCUUUUAAGGAGGCAUUCAGCAAACACGCUCCUGAAUACAAAGGCAGUGCACAGAAAGAUGCUCAUGAAUUCCUAACCUUGUUCCUCAAUGAGGUCAAAAGCCUUUCACCUCACCUGAAGAGGAAAGCAGCUCUCCUGGGCCGAAGUUAUACCUGCCCAGUAGAAGACCAUCAUGUUUUCAAAAUGGAAAACAUGAGGACAUGCAAGAGCUGCGGUCACCAAUCAUUACACCAAGAGGAAUUCACUAGCUUGUCUCUUGACCUGGUUCCAGAGGGGUCUGUUAAAAACAUGUUAGAGACAUACUUGAAGGUAAGAUCAGAAAUUCCAGUAGAGAUAUAGUA